ACCACCUGGUCUAGCUUCGAAAGGUUUAUCUGAACUCCGUUCAUAGCACCCUUCGUUUCUCCAACUCUCACUCUUUGUCUCACCUAAUCUCAAAGACACACAACUUCACAAGCGUAUGUUUGAACGUGGCAGCUGCGAGAUACGGCAGUGGAUCGCGCCAGCCCAACUCCCUCACAAGAAGCUGAUAAUCUCUCAGAUCAUGUCUGCCGAAGCCGCGACUGCCACUUCCCCGGCUCCCAAUGCCGCUCCCACCGCCGAUGCUGGUGAUGUGAACGGCACCAGCGUCAACACCAACGUUGCUGGUGCUGCUCCCGCCGAUCUUUCCACGCCGACCUCCGCGACAGUUUCCACCACCGCGCACCCCAACAGCGCUUCGCUUUAUGUUGGCGAGCUCGACCCGUCCGUCACUGAGGCAAUGUUGUUUGAGCUGUUUUCCCAAAUCGGCCAGGUUGCGUCCAUCCGUGUUUGUCGUGACGCCGUUACCCGACGCUCCCUUGGCUACGCGUACGUCAACUACAAUUCCUCCGACGACGGUGAGAAGGCUCUUGAAGAACUCAAUUAUACCGUUAUUAAGGGACGACCCUGCCGCAUCAUGUGGUCUCAGCGUGAUCCCGCCCUCCGCAAGACCGGCCAGGGUAACGUCUUCAUCAAGAACUUGGACACCGCUAUCGAUAACAAGGCGCUGCAUGAUACCUUUGCUGCGUUCGGAAACAUUCUCAGCUGCAAGGUCGCUCAGGAUGAGAUGGGCAACUCCAAGGGAUACGGAUUCGUUCACUACGAGACGGCUGAGGCGGCCAACAAUGCCAUCAAGCACGUCAACGGCAUGCUUCUCAACGAGAAGAAGGUCUACGUUGGUCAUCAUAUCCCCAAGAAGGAGCGCAUGAGCAAGUUCGAGGAGAUGAAGGCCAACUUCACCAACAUCUACGUCAAGAAUGUCGACCAGGACGCCACUGACAAGGAGUUCGCCGAUCUCUUUGAGAAGUACGGCCAGAUCACCUCUGCGUCCCUCGCUCGCGAUGAUGCCGGCAAGAGCCGCGGCUUUGGCUUCGUCAACUACGCCAGACACGAGGAUGCCUCCACUGCUGUCGAGGCCCUGAACGACUCCGACUUCAAGGGCCAGAAGCUAUACGUCGGCCGUGCGCAGAAGAAGCAUGAACGUGAGGAAGAACUCCGCAAGCAAUACGAGGCUGCUCGUCUCGAGAAGCAGUCCAAGUACCAGGGCGUCAACCUCUACGUCAAGAACCUCGACGACGAUGUCGACGACGAGAAGCUGCGGGACAUGUUCACUCCUUUCGGCACCAUCACCAGCGCCAAGGUGAUGCGUGAUACCACCCCUGCUGGCAGCGAAGAUGCUGCCGCUAAGGAUGAGGAGACCAAGGACGAGGCUGACAAGGAAGACAAGGAAGACAAGGAAGACAAGGAAGACAAGGAGGAGAAAGAAGAGAAGGCGGAGAAGGAGGACAAAGAGGUCAAGGAGGUCAAGGAGGCCAAGGAGAAGAAGGACGACAAAGAGGAGAAGAAGGACUCCGAAGGCGAGGACAAAGAGACCAAAAAGGACACCAAGGAAUCCGACAAGGUCACCAUCAAGGGUGAGAAGCGCGUCCUGGGCAAGAGCAAGGGCUUCGGCUUCGUCUGCUUCUCGAAUCCGGAUGAGGCGACCAAGGCCGUUUCGGAGAUGAACCAGAAGAUGGCCAAUGGAAAGCCGUUGUAUGUCGCAUUGGCGCAGAGGAAGGAUGUGAGGAAGAGCCAGCUCGAGGCUACUAUCCAAGCUCGCAACCAGAUCCGCAUGCAACAAGCUGCUGCUGCCGCAGGCAUGCCCAACCAGGCCUUCAUGCAACCCCAGAUGUUCUUCGGCCCUGGCCAACAACCCUUCAUGCCUCCCGGUGCCCGUGGCCAAGGCAUGCCCUUCCCGGGUAUGCCCCAAGCCGGCCGCGGUGGAUUCCCCGGCGGCAUGCCACCCCAGCAAGGCGGACGUGGUGCCCCGAACGCUCAGCAGGCUCCCCCCAUGUACGGCAUGCCCCCCAACAUGCCUCCGGGUGCCUAUCCCCCUGGUGGCUUCAACCCCGCCUACAUGCAACUCGCCCAACAAGCUGUCCAGGCGCAGAUGGGCCGUGGCCGUGGUGCCGCCCCCAUGGGAAUGCAGAUGCCUCCCCAGAUGCAGGGCGGGCCCGGUGCCGCGCGUGGCCAAGGAUUCCCAGCGCAAGGUGCCCAGGCCGGUCGUGGAAUGGGCGGGAUGCCGCGUGGAGGGGGACAGAUGGGUUCGUAUCCCCAGGGUGGCCGUGGUGGACCGGGAGCCCAGCCCGCACAAGGUGGUGCCCCGAUGGAUAUUGCGACCCUGAACGCGAUGCCGGCGCAGCAGCAGAAGCAGCUGUUGGGAGAGAUGCUCUAUCCCCGGAUUGAGAAGCAACAGCCGGAGUUGGCCGGGAAGAUCACGGGCAUGUUGUUGGAGAUGGAGAAUGCGGAGUUGUUGAACCUCACCACCGAUGAGUCUGCCCUCAACGCCAAGGUCCUAGAAGCGCUCGCUGUCUACAAUGAAUACGUCAAGGACAAGGGUGAGCCGGAGCCGGAGAAGAGUAAGCAGCAGGAGAAUGGCACGGAGGAAGAGAAGAAGGCCUAAUCACGCCACCCCUUCUGCAUUGUUACGACCAUCUCCUUCAACAACCCGACCUUCUCGUCACAGCACAAGUGGUCAAACUUCUCUUGCUAACGGGCCUCUCCUUCCUUUUCUUUU